AUGAGUCGUGAAUUUAAAUUGGGUCCUGAUCAUGAAUACCGAUUUGAAGUUGACUUUCAGAACAAAGUUCAAAUCAAACUUGUUGAAGGUACAGCUGAGAUCUUCGGUACCGAAUUAGCAGUAGGCAACACAUACACUUUUUCAGGAAGAAAAGCAGCUGUUUACACCUGGCACGGUUGUACGUUGGAAGUAAACGGCUCUUGCCUUGUAGAAUAUACCGCUAGCGAGACGCCUAUGACCAGCUAUUUAAAUACUCAUCUUGCGUUAGAACAAUUGAGAGAGAGAGCAAAAAGUGAAAGAGAGUUAGGUCCACGCGUGUUGGUGGUGGGGCCACAUGACGUAGGCAAAACGUCCCUAUGUAAAGUACUGGUGAGCUACUCGCUUAAACAAGGAGGAAGUCCUAUUUAUGUGUCUUUGGAUACGACUGAAGGGUCUAUUACAAUGCCAGGCACACUAACAGCGACUUCUAUCAGUAAUAUCAUUGAUGUAGAGGAAGGAUUUGGAUCAUCCGCUACGACAGCUGCAUCGAUGGGCUCUUCUACCAUGCCUCUAGCUUAUUAUUACGGUUUUGAAAGCCCUGACGAAAAUGUCAAGCUGUAUAAAUUAGUUACAACGAAGCUAGCAGAAGCAGUAAAAAGAAGAAUGGCCAUGGAUGACGAAUGUCGCAACUCCGGCAUUAUUAUCGAUACAGCAGGAUUAAUAGAUCAAGUCGGAUACGACAUAAUACAACAUAUAGUAGAACAAUUUGAAGGACAUGAAAGACUUUAUAGCGACAUGUCUAGAAUAUAUAAAAAUCAAAAUGUAUCUGUAGUGAAACUGGCGAAAUCGGGCGGUGUGGUUGAAAGAGACAAACAAUUUAAAACUCUUCUACAAAGAGCAAAAAUCCGCGAGUAUUUCUAUGGCACGCCCAAAUGUGAAUUAUCACCCUAUAGCAUGCUGGUCAAUAACGCUGAUGUUAAGAUAUGGAGAGUUGGAGAUGUGAUAGCUCCAACCAGUGCUUUACCGCUGGGAAUGGAGGGAUCUUCAAACGAAACACAAGUGGUCAGAGUAGACAAUUAUGACAUGUGCUUUAACUCAAUCUUGGCUAUUUUAAAUGCUGAUGAUGAUGAACCGGAGAAUGGAUUAUUGGAGUGUAGCGUGACAGGUUUUAUAUAUGUAUCGGAUGUCAAUGAAGAAAGAUGUAAGUUGACUAUUUUAUCACCAUCGCCUGGCAGACUACCAAGAAAACAUUUGUUGAUGGGUUCCUUCAAGUGGAUGGAGUCGUAA